AUGGAGCAGCUCGCUCCCCGUUUAGCAAUAGCCGUUUUUCUUUCCGUGGCCGCCGCUGCCACGUGGCACGUUCUAGACAACUUCUUGGUUAUUACCCCUCCGGCGGGAUGCGCGGGGCCCGCGGGGUCUCCGCGGAUUGCGGAGUGCGUGGCGGAGUUCCGCAGCGCGCGGCGGUCGCUGGGCGUGAUGCCGCAGCAGCAACAGGACGUCACAGCAGCCAUGCUCGUGCGGGUCGAGGUGCAGGUGCACGGCAUGAUGCGGGUGGUGAGGCGGCUUCAAGCGAGUAAUAUCUCCAGCUUCACGCCUAGUCAGCAGCACUUCAUCCGAGCUGUCUCAGAUGACUGCCUUGAGCAGGGCGCGGACGCGGCGGAGGAGGUGCGCGAGGCAUACCUGGAGCUGCGCGCGGGGCCCCGCGGGGACGACUUGCGCUUCCAGCUGGCGGCGAUCAAAACGAAACUCAGUAACUGCGUUACCGGGUUCGCCGAGUUCGCACCCGGAGUCCUCAAGACAGAACUCGGAGCCAUUCUUGCGAUGGGAACUGCACAAGUGAAGUCCACCGUAAACGCCGCCGUCACAAUCGCGUCAGCCUAUAGAGGGUACGGUACUCUCGCGCGAGGGCAGCAGAGCAACCGCCAGCAGGUGGCGCAAACGGUCGGCAUGCGCGCAGGACAAGCGGGGGCGGGUUUGCGCCGGCCAGUGCUGUACCCCGCUCAACAAUCCGCGGGGCUGCGGCCAUGGCAGGCGCGGCAAAGUGGUCAAACGGCGCAGGCGGGGCUGCGCCCCAUACAGGCGGGGCAGACGGGCCAAGCGGAGCAGUCCGAGCAGGCAGGGAAGCUGGGGCAGGCGGCGCAAGGGGGGCAGGUGGGGCUGCGCCCAACACAGGCAGGGCAGUUGGGUCAAGGGAGGAAAGCUGGGCUGCGCCCUACACAGGCGGGGCAGGCGGCGCAGAAGGGGCAGGCGGGGCUGCGGCCAACGCAGGCGGGACAGGCGGCGCAAGGGGCGCAGGUGGGGCAGCAUCUCGCUGUACAGUAUAGCACGGGGCUCCAGCCGCAAACCCCGGCGCAGCCGCAAACUGGUUACCAGGUACAAGCGCAAUCGCAACAGCUCGCGUGGUCCCAGGUGCAGCCGGUGUAUGACUAUAACGAGUACGAGUAUGACGACCCGAUAGACGGAGGCAGUGACUACCCUACAGGUAGGGAUAGAAGGGGUGGGCAAAAUCACUUCGAAGGCGCGGAGCAACGGCCGAAAUUGGUUCAGGCGCAGUCGCUGAACGAGGCGGACUUGUCUGGGUCGUACGAUGUGGGUGAAAAGUCCACCCCAACCGGAGUGGGCAAAAUGUCCCUUGGGAAUGACGACGAGUACAAUCGCGAUUACAGAAGCAGUAACGACAGCGAAUCUGAUUACUACAGUUACGAGUACCAAGAAUCGCAGCGUGCCAAUAGCGGGUAUGAUGAUCUUGAUAAUUCGCCCCAAGGCGGCAGCACAUUUCAGCAAGCUACUGCUGAUAGCAGCCACCUCUUACACAUUUCUUGGGACAACAUCAGUGAAGGUAAUACUGAUAUUGGUGGUGACGGCGAGAAUUCCGAUUAUUCGGCUAACUACUCUAAUGAUGCUAAUUUCGCUAAGGACGUUCAAAGUAGUAGUGGAAGCGUAGGUAGCGGUUCGUACGACGACGUUGACAGUAAAACUUCACCUAACGAGGGCAGCGUUUUAGACUCUGACGGUAACGGUCGCAGUAGCAGUGUUAGCAGCGCGAAUUACCGUCCGGAUUCUCCGGCUACUGGCAGGAAUGGCGACGACAGUGGCUCGGAUUAUUACGAUGACGCUACUGACAAUAACGGCGACAUUAGCGACGGGUAUGACAGCGGGUCAGACUAUUACAGCGCAUCAGGCGGCGGUCCAACUGAUAACAACAAUGGCGACGGCGGUUUAGGCAGCAACGUGAGUGGUGGUGGUCGCAGCAGUGUUACCACCGCGAGUGACGACUCAGACCCCCUUACACGUGGUAACGAAAGCGGCGAUCGUGGCUCGGAUUACUACGACGACGGUGGCGACAAUGGCGGCGACGCUGGCAAUAACGGCGACGUUAGCGAUGACGUCGACGGUUACGACAGCGGAUCAGACGGUGACGGCGACGGCUCCGAUACGGAUAUUGGUCCGAGCGAGGGCUCUGGCUUGGACGGCGAUGCUACUGACUUAGGUGACGGUUUCGAAAGUACUAAUGCUGACAUAGAUUACGGUUUCGGUAGUACUACUUAUGAUAGUGACACAAGCGGAUCAGAUGACUAUAGUGGUGCCGCUGCUAGUGGUAAAAGCGAAGAGAAGCCUUGGGAGUACCACGAUUCGACUGGCGGUGCUACAGCCGCUGCAACCAAUGCUGCUACAGUGGCUGCUACAGUCGCUGCUAUUGAGGAUGGCACAUUGAACAACAGGGACGGAGAUGGAUUGGAUUAUAACGCUGACGCUGCUAACGCUGCUGACCGUGCUGACUUUGCUGACAAUGCUGACGCGGCUGACCGUGCUGACUUUGCUGACAAUGCUGACGCGGCUGACAAUGCUGACGCUGCUGACGAUGCCGAGGGACCUGAUUCCGAUGACCAACAGCGGGAUUUCACAGGCACGCGAAACCGGCAGCUGCGCGCCACUGACGAUGUUAUCCGACAGGCUUCGCUACAGGGUGGUUACCACAGUAGCAGUGGUGAUCGUGGCGAAAGCGCGGAUGGUUACCACAGUAAGGUUGGCGAAGUUGGCGAAGAAGCGGGUGGUUACCACCACCCGGAGUGGCUGGAGGCGGGGCUGUACGAACAGCUGAAGGAGCUCCAGGCGCGCAUGCGCGGAGAGCACGCGCGCGCGCAGCAGUGGGCGGACAGACGGCGCAAGCUGCUGGGGCUCCCCGCGGAGACGUGGGGCAGCGACGGCGGGGAAGGGGAGGAAGGAGAGAGGGGGGCGGCAGAGGGGACGAGGAGACGAGGGUUCGGGGUGGGGCAAUGGCGGAAGCGGAAGAGUGACACGUGGCGGAGACGAGGCGCGCCGCAGCGGAGGGGGCUGGAAGCGCAAGGACUACAGGCGCAAGGGCUACAGGCGCAAUGGUUACAGGCGCAACAGCUACAGGCGCAAGCGCGCCCGCGGAAGAGCCUUAUUCCCCUUUCCGCCUACCCCCUUUCUAGCCCCCGUUCCGUCCGUCCUCCCCCCAUCCCCGCGCACCAUUCAACGCAGCGCGCGCCGAUCCCCCUAGCGACGACGAUGGGGAAGAAAACCGCAGAACACCUCCCCACCGCGGGGCACCACUCCCCCGGAACCCUGCACCACGCGCCUGGGACGGGGCCCGCGCAUAAGGAGAAGCAGCCGAACCACUGGGGGGAGGGUAAGGGGCAGGGGGGAGGGGGAGUGACGCGCGGGCACCAUACGCACCUGUGGCGGAACGGGCGCAGGGGCGCGCACCACCCCGCGGGGGUGGGGCACCAUAAGCACAAGUGGACGCGGAAGCGGAAGGGCGGGGGCGGGAGUGGCGGAGGGACGGGGGGAGGAGGGGGGGGCGGGACGCGCGGGUCGUUUAAGGCGGAUGCUGUGGUUGGGCCGGGGGAGAAAUACAACACUGUUGAGGUGAGGGGAGGGGUGGUGAGGGGAGGGAUGGUGAGAGGAGGGGAGGUGAGGGGAGGGAUGGUGAGAGGAGGGGAGGUGAGAGGAGGGGAGGUGAGAGGAGGGGAGGUGAGAGGAGGGGAGGUGAGAGGAGGGGAGGUGAGAGGAGAAAAGAGGGCUAAAUCUGGAGCGUUGGGAGCAGCGCCCAAGGAGGGGCGGUUUGUGGUAUUCAUCCGCGCGGGGACCUACCAUGAGUCCAUCAUCUUCCGCAACAAGGGGCUGAUCAUGGUGGGGGAGGGCAGCGACAGGACGAUUAUCACUGGGGAUAAGAGCGCCGGCAGUGGGUCGACCACAUAUCGCUCUGCCACCAUCGGUAAGAACCAAUUGAUAUGUACCGCACCGCACCGCACAUACCAUGAGUCUAUCAUCUUCCGCAACAAGGGGUUGAUCAUGGUGGGGGAGGGCAGCGAUAAAACCAUCAUCACUGGGGAUAAGAGCGCCGCCGGCAGUGGGUCGACCACUUACCGCUCCGCCACCAUCGGUGAGCGGUGCAUUGUUGGGAGGGGGGUAUGGUGCCGCAAGGUAAGGCACGGUGCUGCAUUGGAGGCACGGUGCAACAAGGGGCUGAUCAUGGUGGGGGGUGGCGCAGAUAAAACCAUCAUCACGGGGGAUAAGAGCGCUGGCAGCGGGUCAGCUACGUACCGCUCCGCCACCAUGGGCGCCUCAAAAGUCACCCCCGUGUUUCCUCUCCUCCCUGUGAGUGCUCCCCCAGGAGCCAACAAGGAGCGGUUCUGCGCCCUGGGCAUCCGCUUUGAGAACACAGCCGGGCCGCAGAAAACCACCUCGUAUGGAGCCAACAAGGAGCGGGCCAACAAGGAGCGGUUCUGCGCUUUGGGCAUUCGCUUUGAGAACACGGCCGGGCCGCAGAACCACCAGGCAGUGGCCAUGAGGGCCAGUGGUGAUCGCUCUGCCUUCUUCGAGUGUGCCUUCGAGGCCAACCAGACGCCUUUUGAGACGUCUCAAGAGUGUGCCUUUGAGGCCAACCAGGUGCGGCCAACCAGGUGCGGCCAACCAGGUGCGGCCAACCCUCCUCUUGCACCCCACUCCCCUCUCGCUCCUUCUUUGAAUGCGCCUUCGAUCGAGGCCAACCAGGACACGCUCUAUGUGGACGCAGGCAGGCAGUACUACAAGGACUGUUACAUCGGCGGCACCAUUGACUUCAUAUUUGGCGAUGCAGCAGUGGUGCUAGACAAUCCCACCAUCGUGGUGCACAAGAGCAGCCGUGGUGAUAGUCAAUCCCACCAUCGUGGUGCACAAGAGCAGCUCCUUCGCAACCAUAGCAGCAUCGGGGCGGGAGAGCAACACGCCGACAGGCAUUGUCAUUCGCACCCGCAUCGCCCUGUUCCUCCCUCUCCCAACACACUCAUCCCUCACACGCAGCUCCCUGUCAUCUUCUCCCACGCACAUAUGUCGUGCGUGCGAGUGGACAUUGUCAUCUCCUCCCACGCACAUAUGUCGUGCGUGCGAGUGGACAUUGUCAUCUCCCUGCUCCUCCCUCUCCCACCACACUCAUCCCUCACAUGCAGCUCGUUUGCAACUAACACAGCCUCCUUUGCAACCAUCACGGCGUCGGGCCGGGAGAGCAACAUGCCAACGGGCAUUGUCAUUCGCAACGCCAAGAUCUCAGUUGACUCGGGCGUCUCGGAGGUCUACCUGGGGCGGCCCUCUCCCCUCACUCAACCCCCCGUUCCCCCCUUUCCGCCCUCCCCUCCCUUUCCCUCUCUCCCCCCCCCCCUCCCCCCCCACCCCUUCAGUUCGUUUGCAACCAUCACGGCAUCGGGGCGGGAGAGCAACACGCCGACGGGAAUCGUGAUCCGCAACGCCAAGAUCUCAGUUGACUCUGGGGUUUCGGAGGUCUACCUCGGCCGGCCGUGGAAGGACUGUGCUCGCACCGUGUUUGUUGACAGCUACAUGCCUGCGGAGUUGGAGCGGGACGGGUGGAGCACGUGGGGGGGAGACAGCAAGGGCAGCUGUGUGUACUAUGCAGAGAAGGGCAGCACGGGGCCGGGCUAUGCUGCCAGCCGAGCAUCGUGGGUGCACCCUGGGAUCAUCUCAGACGCCUCUCAGUUUGACCCCGAGCCAUUUGUCGACCUCAGCUCCUGGCUGGACGUGGCGGGGCAGAACCCCAAGUGGUGA